AACACCAUUAGCUAAACUUGCUAGUCCCAACUCGUUGCUUGAAGAUGAUGAUGUGGGUCUUAUCCUGCGCCUCUACUGGUUAUCCUACUCACUCUCUUCGAGCUUCUUUCAAAACCAAAGCUAAAGUUCGUUCAAGCUCUCAAGUCUCGGUCUCUUUGAGUACGCAUCAUCAUCAACAACAACAACAACAGCAACAACUUCUUCUUCAUCAUCAUCAAGACCAUCCCUUUGUACCAGAGGUUGUGAAAGCAGUGGACUCCUUAUAUUCAGAAUUCAGAGCUGUGGAUAAUUUGGUGGCAUGCAAUACCGCCCGUGUUCUAAAAGCUUUCCAGAAUGCUCGAGUUGGAUCUCAUCACUUUGGCGGAUGUACUGGCUAUGGCCAUGAUGAAGCUGGGGGACGUGAAGCACUUGACCAAGCUUUUGCAGAAAUUGUCGGAGCUGAAUCUGCAAUAGUUCGCUCACAGUUUUUUUCAGGUACUCAUGCGAUCACUUGUGCAUUGUUCGCCUUUUUAAGGCCAGGGGAUGAGCUUUUGGCUGUCGCUGGUGCUCCCUAUGACACAUUAGAGGAAGUUAUUGGAAAGAGGGACUCCUAUGGACUGGGUUCUCUGAAAGAUUUUGGAGUGAACUACAGAGAAGUUCCACUUGCUGGGGAUGGUGGACUUGACUGGGAUGCACUUGUGGGUGCUGUUAAACCUCAAACAAGAUGUGCACUCAUACAGAGGUCAUGUGGUUAUUCAUGGCGUCAGAGUUUAAGCGUAAAUGAAAUUGGAAGGGCAAUUAAGACAAUUAAGAUGCAGAAUCCUAAUUGCUUGGUCAUGGUGGAUAAUUGCUAUGGUGAAUUUGUGGAAAGCAUUGAACCCCCAAUGGUGGGUGCAGAUUUGAUUGCAGGCAGUUUGAUAAAAAAUCCUGGUGGAACCAUUGCACCAUGUGGUGGAUAUGUUGCAGGGAAGGAAAAAUGGGUAAAAGCAGCUGCUGCUCGUCUCUCUGCUCCAGGGCUUGGGGUUGAUUGUGGCUCAACUCCCGGUGAUAUUAUGAGAGCUUUUUUCCAGGGGUUAUUCCUUUCGCCUCAAAUGGUUGGUGAGGCAAUCAAGGGAACCUUUCUGGUUGCUGAAGUUAUGUCAUCGAAAGGGUAUAAGGUUCAGCCACUUCCUCGUGUCCAACGCCAUGAUAUAGUUCAGAAAGAAAAAUCAAGAUAUAACGCAAAAGCACUCUGUAAUGAUUUUCAGGCUGUACAGCUCGGAAGCCGUGAGUGUCUUCUUGCUUUCUGUGAGGCUGUUCAGAGAAGCUCUCCAGUUGGCUCAUUUACUAAACCAGUCGCUGGUACAACUCCUGGAUAUGCAUCAGAGGUGAUCUUUGCUGAUGGAACCUUCAUUGAUGGGAGUACAAGUGAGCUCUCAUGUGAUGGACCAUUAAGAGAGCCAUUUGCUGUUUACUGCCAGGGUGGCACCCAUUGGACGCAAUGGGGACUAGUUCUAGGAGAGAUUUUGAAAUCCAUCUAAGCUAAAACCAGUUUCGGGUUGCGAGAGAAACAAGGUCUCACAAUGAUAGACUAUUAGAGACAAUGGCUUUUUUUGACCUGACUGACAGAAUUUCAGUUGAGCUAUAAAGUUGUAGCACUCUCUAGAUUUUUUUGGCAAAAUAGCUAUCUUGACACACAGGAGGUGAUGUCUAACGCACGUCAAUUUGUAUCAGUAUGGAGUUUCACACAUAAUUAGCGUAGGUCUAUUCUUGAAGAACACUUCUACUUGAAAUUGAAUAUCUUGAGUUAUGGAACUUUUCUUUUCUGGGUCAGCUGUUAAGAACAUUCACAUCCCAUUUUGUAUACUUUCUCUAUAUUUGCUCUUUAAAAGGUUACAUUUUUUGCUUUA